GGGCACUGGCAACGUUGGCGGCCUACGACUUGGCCAUGCGGGGCUACUCUGUGGAGUGCGUCACCUUCGGCUCACCACGGGUCGGUGACGAGGACUUCAAGGAAGCUUAUGCUGGCAAGGUGAAACGCACCGCUCGCUUCAUCAACAAGUUCGACCCCGUGCCCCGGCUGCCCUGGAACGCGAGGGACGAGGAGAGGAGCAGCGACGCUGAUGCUGUGCAUUUGGCCUGUGGCACAUUCUUGGCCCUUCCACAGCUUGGGCUUCAGUAUGGCGCCUACGGAGAGGAAGCCUGCGGAAGUUUCGUGCACGUCUGCCCUGCUACCCAGCUUGACGUCGGAGUGUAUGGCAGCCUCAAAUUCUGGGGCGAGGUGGGAAUGUACGGCCAGCUCUUUUGGGACCUGAAGGACGGGAAGUUGGACGCGAACGAGAUUGCCUCACAGAUUGUUGACAUAUACAACUCACAGGACCUCGCCGCGGCACUGGAGGGUACCGGAAAGGCAGUUUCUGAGGUCGAACGCGAGGCUUCCCAGGCCAAGGCCUUUCUGGAGUGUCUUGCAGAAGCUUUGCUUCCGCACGCGCUGGGCUUCUACAAGUCGAACCUGGACAUGUGCUUUUCCGGCAUGGGCAAGUUCCAACCUGCAGAAAUGCUCAAGGUGGCUCAGCGCUACAAGGAUGUCGUGUGGAGACUAGGCAGCAGCUUGAUCGACACGAAGCCAGAGGUGGAGCAGGUACAACCGGUUGGGCACAUCUUCCGGAAGAUCGAUUUCAAGAUGAUGAGCAGUCUCUUCCCGGGCGUCAGUGCGCAAGCUGCGGGUGUUGCCAUGGUAGCCAGCGGUUUUGCUGGUACAUG